GAGAGCGCGCGGGCGAGGGAGGGAGUCGGCUCCGGAGAGCGAGGGCGAGGGCGAGCGCAGGCGGCUGCCCGCGGAGAGGAGGGAGCCGGGCCAGGACUAGGAGGUAGCCGGCGGGGCGCAGGCGAGGCGGGCACCCGGCGCGCGCACUUUCCCGCAAAGUGCCAACUACCCGGGAGAGAGUUCCGGCCGCUCACCUUCUGGGCGCCGGGGAAAGUCAGCGGGAAUUUGAGAUUUUAGGGAAGAAGGUCCGACCCCCGUCCCCUGUCCCUUGUUACUUAUCCCCAUUAAAAAGAGAAACAACAAGAAUAACAGCAAACUUGCUCUAGUCCCGUCUGUCCCCCCACUCCUGGCACCAUGAAGGCGGCCGUCGAUCUCAAACCGACUCUCACAAUCAUCAAGACGGAAAAAGUGGAUCUGGAGCUUUUCCCAUCCCCGGAUAUGGAAUGUGCAGAUGUUCCACUCUUAACUCCAAGCAGCAAAGAAAUGAUGUCUCAAGCCUUGAAAGCUACUUUCAGUGGUUUCUCUAAAGAGCAGCAACGGCUGGGAAUUCCAAAAGACCCCCGGCAGUGGACAGAGACCCAUGUUCGGGACUGGGUGAUGUGGGCCGUCAAUGAGUUCAGCCUAAAGGGUGUGGACUUCCAGAAGUUCUGUAUGAAUGGGGCAGCCCUCUGCGCACUGGGGAAAGACUGCUUUCUCGAGCUGGCUCCAGACUUCGUUGGGGACAUCUUGUGGGAGCAUCUGGAGAUCCUGCAGAAAGAGGAUGUGAAGCCGUACCAAGUGAAUGGAGUCAACCCUCCCUACCCAGAGUCGCGCUAUACCUCGGAUUACUUCAUUAGCUACGGUAUCGAGCAUGCCCAGUGUGUCCCUCCAUCGGAGUUCUCCGAGCCCAGCUUCAUUACAGAGUCCUACCAGACCCUCCAUCCCAUCAGCUCGGAGGAGCUCCUCUCCCUCAAGUAUGAGAAUGACUACCCCUCGGUCAUCCUCCGGGACCCUCUGCAGACGGACACCUUGCAGACUGACUACUUUGCCAUCAAACAAGAAGUGGUGACCCCAGACAACAUGUGCAUGGGGAGGACCAGUCGUGGCAAGCUCGGGGGCCAGGACUCCUUUGAGAGCAUAGAGAGCUACGAUAGCUGCGACCGCCUCACGCAGUCCUGGAGCAGCCAGUCAUCCUUCAACAGCCUGCAGCGCGUCCCGUCCUACGACAGCUUCGACUCAGAGGACUACCCAGCCGCCCUGCCCAACCACAAGCCCAAGGGCACCUUCAAGGACUAUGUGCGUGACCGUGCUGACCUCAACAAGGACAAGCCUGUCAUCCCUGCUGCGGCCCUGGCUGGCUACACAGGCAGUGGACCAAUCCAGCUGUGGCAGUUUCUUCUGGAAUUACUCACCGAUAAAUCCUGUCAGUCUUUUAUCAGCUGGACUGGAGAUGGCUGGGAAUUCAAGCUUUCUGACCCAGAUGAGGUGGCCAGGAGAUGGGGAAAAAGGAAAAACAAACCUAAGAUGAAUUAUGAGAAACUGAGCCGUGGCCUUCGCUACUAUUAUGACAAAAACAUCAUCCACAAGACGGCGGGGAAACGCUAUGUGUACCGUUUUGUGUGUGACCUGCAGAGCCUCCUGGGGUACACGCCUGAGGAGCUGCACGCCAUGCUGGACGUCAAGCCCGACGCGGAUGAGUGAUGGACACCAAGGGGCCGGAGAAACUCUGCUGAGACAUUUCAAAGAACAACCACGUUGGUCGGACUCUUAAUUUUUAAUUGUUAUUCUAUUUUUAAUUUUCCAGAACUCAUUUUUUUACAUUCAGGGGUGGGAGCUAAGUAAGCUGCAGCUAUAAUCAAUUGUGCGCCGUUGGAGGAGGAGAGCCAGGACUUGUGGGGUGGGUGGGAUGGGAAAUUCUUGAGCGGAUUUUCAGGAGAGAGACAAGGGCCUUCUUAGAAGCUUGAAGGAUCUGGCUUAAGGGAGGAAGAGACUAACGUGUCCAAUCAUUUAAAAAAAAAAAUCAUCCACAAAAAAAUAAAUAAUGUGUCUUGAGUUACGGACCUAUUAGCAAAAGAAAUUGAUGCAUCAGGAGUCAUGAGACUAAUAAAAGGCCAUUAAUUUCCUUUUGUUGUUAGGUCUGGGAGGGUGAAAAAGAGGGAGGUGGGGUAAAGCCUUUUUUUGGGGGAUGCACUAAAAACCAAGGACUAUUUACCUUUUAUUCUACUUUCCAAACAAAGGUGGACUUCAGUGGGGAGGGACCAAAACUGUUUUUGUGUUAAAAUUUAUUCUAUUAAAUUUUGUGCCAGUAUUUUUUUUUUUUUUCUUAAAAAUCGUCUUAAGCUCUCAAGUGGUCUCAGUAUCGCUGUACCAUGCAAUCUUGUUUUUAUAUGCUGGCUGAGGAUUCUGUCACAGUGAAAGGAAACUGUUUAUAUAGACCCCACUGGAAAGACAAAGCGCUGUCACUGAGAUCGGGGAUCCCAGAUUCAUGUGACUGAUGUAUGGAGGAAAAAAUAAGGCUGAUUUGGGUACAAGGGAACUGUGCAUGUGAACUUCACCUAUAAGUUUUUAAAAAUUGUGAUCACACCCUUCUACUUACUUGUCAUUAGUGGAUUCUCAGAGUUUGGACUUAACGUUGAGCUAAGCAUUAAGUCUGCGAACUGAAUGUAUUUUGCAGCCCUGGUUUUGGACCACAGUAAAUGUAGGAGCACUGUAGAAGUCAUGGAAAGGGGAUCGAAGGGGGAAGAUGGACCUGGUUCUUUACUGGUUUUAGACCUGUAACGUACAUGACUUGGAAUAAAAUCUGUAUGCACGGGCAUUACCCCUCAGGCCUUAGGAAAUAAGUCCUGAAUGCAUGUCAUUCCCAACUAACACUCUGUCCUUUCUCCUUUGUGUAUUAUUUCCCCAGCAUCCCACAUUUAUUGCUUUCCCCCACUCUGUUGUUCAGUAGAGAGAGAUGUACAGCUUUCUGAUGGGUGAGUGAAAGAGUAACUACAGACAUGACAUGAGUUGGAGAGCGUCUGAUAAAGCCAUUUAGAUGUCCUGAGUUGUAGGAGCCAUGGAAAUGAAGGGAGCCUGUGAAUAAAAUGGGGCUUGGCUGUCUUUGGGAGAAGUGCAAGGCUUUCCUUUGAAGAGUUUAAGGCAGCUGAGUCGGGUGUCAGGUGAGACUGGGUGGGCAGGCAAGGUGCAUAGCGCAGAUGCUGUGAGGGCCCCGUGCUUUGGAUCCGUUAUUCUGGCACAGGGUAAGUGAAGGGUUAGUAAUUGCAGAGGAAGGAAGACUUGAAGAGAUAUAGGAACUAUUAGGAAAGGAGCUGGGGUGUAGGAAUAAGGUGGUCCAUGGGAUUCAAAUCUACUUUUAGUUCUCCCAAAGUUGAACUACAAACAUAAUCAACUGGGGUGUUGUAAAGGGUCAUCUGAAAAUGGAGUUUGGGGAGAGAGGACCAACAUCUGACCACUAAGGAAAAGCGCCUCCUAUAACUAGGAUCCCCCCCAGCUUCCCCGGCUGUACAGGCGCCUGAUUCAAAGGAAGGUGACAGAGGGAUGGCUUUUCGAGCUUCAGUGAGGAAGGGGAAGAAAUAUUUAGGACGGGCUCCAGCUGAGAAACUGGAAGUACUAACUACCUUCUAGCGUAGCUUCAAGAAAGUGGAUUGUUUUCUCCCAGGUCCUCUUGCAGACCCCGAACGAUCAGGAACUUAGCUCUGUGAUUCACGCGUUUCCUCCUACUGAGAAAUCGGAGCGUCUGCUUGGAAAGCGAAGGCUGCAUUCAGCCCAGCUGUGUAUUUUGAUCUUCUUCCGGAUGCAGGUGCCUUAAUGAAGCUCUCGAAAUAUUUUAGGAGCUGCUCAGGGAGUGUUAGGCAGAACUGUUUGGACUACAUUGUUUUCUCUUAGAUGAUGUGAUCUCUGUUGGGCACUGGCAAAGAUGUGUGUACGCCUGCGUGUGUGUGCAUGCGUGUGCGUGUGCAUGUGUGUGUGUGUUUGCAGACGUGCAAAACUGCAGCUGAGAUAAUCCCGGGGCUUUCUUGUGAAGUCUUUCCACAUUUCAGUGGUGGGCGAGAGUAGGACCAAGGCCGGGCAUCGGUCACUGCUUGUUUGCCACCAGGCAUAAAAUCACUUUCUCAACUCAUCAACAACCUUUCCUUGUACAAUGAUGCUGAGAACUCCCCCGUGUGAGUCCUGCCAUAAUUCCCUAGCAGAUAAGAUGUAAGCAAGUGCUUCCUCAUGCCCUUCAGCUGCUUGUUUGCUCAGAUGCCCUUUCUCUCUCAGUGCACCGUUUUCAGUAUUUGUAGAUAGUGUAUGAGUUCAGACAGCUUUGUCGAUCUGGCCAGAUGCUUUUUCUCCUUCUGUCCAAAGGCCAGAGACCAUCCCAGGAAGAGUGGUGGGUGGUUUAUACACUGGAAAUGUAGCAGAAUUGUUGGAGUUCUGCUUUUAAAAAAAAAAACAACAAAAAAAAAAAUGUUAACUUCAGAGGAAGGAUGGGCAAAUCUGGUUGAGCUGGGUGAAACUUAUUUUCCUGGAGAUGCCUUAACCUGUGUUGGUUUUGGCUGUAGGGUUCAGGGUCACUUUUGUUCCCUUCUGCAGUCAGUCAGGGGAGGGACUUCCCUACACAGAGCCCUGGUUUUGUGGCUUUGGGGAUUGGCGGUAGCAUUCAAAGAUCAGAUAUGCUUUUCCUCACUUUGGAGACGAACACUCUGGGUUUUAGAGCAUUAACCUGCCUAAUCUUCAUGGUGAAAAUGACACCUUCUCUAUCUUAGUCAUGCUGUGCAUGCUGCUUUCUCUGUUGGGGUCUAUAUAAAUGUGUUGAACUCUUAUCUACAUUCCAAAGAAGUUUCGAGGAACCAUAAAUAUAUGUAUACAUAUACAUAUAUAAAAUAUAUAUAUUAAAAGGAAAUUAUCUCUAUCAGGAAUACUGCCUCAGUUAUUGAACUUUUUUUAGAAUACUUUUUUUUUAAGCUCAGAAGUAUAGGGGUGAAAAAGAUGUUAUAUUGUGUUUGACUAUUUUCCAACUUGUAUUUUCAUAUAAUUUAUAUUUUUUAAAAGCUGAAAAUUUAAAAGCAAGAUGAAAAAAAAAGGAAAAGCAGGUGCUUUUUAAAACUCGGAACUGAGGUAGCUUAGAGAUGUAGCGAUGUAAGUUUCUAUGUGUUUUUUUUUAAAUGCAAAAAAAUUUCUUCUGGGGAGUUUUUUGUUUGUUUAUUUUAGGAGCUGGUGCUGGCACAUCAUCUUGCUGGAGAAUUUUUUAUAUACUGUAGCCUGAUUUCAUAUUGUACUUUAAACUGUGUGAGAUUAAAAGCAAAGAAAUUCAUUCAUAA